GUAGACGCAGAUGACGUGUCUGCUCAGUCGCUGCAGAAAAAGUAGGUUACGAAGGUGGACACCAGCUAACGUUAGUUAUUCUAUGUCAACAGUCCUGACUAGCUAGUGAAUUCAAAUGCCAGUAAACCUGUGCCCCGUGUUUAGGUAGACACCAUCCCAACAAACGUCUGCUAGCUAGGUUUCUCUUCGAGAUAAGCAGAAAAUGUGCGCCCUUCGGAGAGCGAGAGGCUCUGUUUUGGUGAUCUUCCUUUUGCUACACAGCGCUACAAGUUUCUACCUUCCGGGGCUGGCUCCUGUCAGUUUUUGUGAACCAGGCUCAGUCCAAGCUGGGAAAGACAAUGAUGUUCUACCGGACUGUAAGUCAACCAUUGAGAUGUUCGUGAACAGACUGGAUUCUGUGGAGUCCGUCUUGCCCUAUGAAUACAAAGCGUUUGAUUUCUGCACCAUCGACUCAGAAAAACGGCCCUCUGAGAAUUUGGGUCAAGUUCUGUUCGGGGAGAGAAUUGAGCCCUCCCCUUAUAAGUUUGAGUUUAAGAAGAAGCAGGAGUGUAAGCAUGUGUGCACUAAAGCCUAUGACACCACAAAUGCCCAGGACAAAGGCCGCCUGGACUUCCUUAAGAAGGGCAUGCUGCUCAAUUACCAGCACCACUGGAUCGUGGACAACAUGCCGGUUACUUGGUGUUAUGACGUGGAGGACGGACAGAAGUUCUGUAACCCCGGUUUCCCCAUUGGCUGUUACGUCAACGAGGCGGGACGACCCAAAGACGCCUGUGUGGUCAAUUCUGAAUUCAACGACAAAGACACGUUCUACUUCUUCAACCACGUGGACAUCACCAUACACUACCACGUGGUGGAGAACGAGGGCACCGGGGCAAGGCUGGUCGCUGCCAAGAUGGAACCCAAGAGCUAUAAACACAGCAAAGUGGAAGCGCCUGAUUGUACUGGGGGCCCCAUGGACCUGAGCAACAAGUUCAGUGGAGAAUUUAAGAUUGCCUACACAUACUCUGUGCAGUUUGUGGAGGAUAAGAACAUCCGAUGGGCCUCUCGCUGGGACUACAUUCUGGAGUCCAUGCCUCACACCAACAUACAGUGGUUCAGUAUCAUGAACUCCCUGGUGAUUGUGCUCUUCCUCUCUGGCAUGGUAGCCAUGAUCAUGCUGAGGACUCUCCACAAAGACAUCGCCAGAUACAACCAGAUUGACUCUGUGGAGGAUGCCCAAGAGGAAUUUGGCUGGAAGCUGGUCCAUGGAGACGUGUUUCGCCCCCCAAGGAAAGGCAUGCUUCUCUCUGUCUUCCUGGGCUCUGGAACUCAGAUCUUCCUCAUGACGUUCGUCACACUCUUCUUUGCCUGCCUGGGCUUCCUGUCCCCAGCCAACCGCGGGGCUCUCAUGACUUGUGCUGUCGUACUCUGGGUGCUGCUGGGUACGCCGGCUGGCUACGUGGCUGCACGCUUCUACAAGUCCUUUGGCGGUGAGAAGUGGAAGACAAACGUUCUGUUGACCUGCUUCCUGUGUCCCGGCGUUGUGUUUGCUGACUUCUUCGUGAUGAACCUGAUCUUGUGGGGUGAGGGCUCCUCUGCAGCCAUGCCCUUUGGCACUCUGGUGGCCAUUUUGGCUCUGUGGUUCUGCAUCUCUGUCCCACUCACCUUUAUAGGGGCCUACUUCGGCUUCAAGAAGACGGGGAUUGAGCACCCGGUGCGGACCAAUCAGAUCCCUCGUCAGAUCCCGGAGCAGUCCUUCUACACCAAGCCCCUCCCUGGGAUCGUCAUGGGCGGGAUUCUCCCCUUCGGAUGCAUCUUCAUCCAGCUCUUCUUCAUCCUCAACAGCAUCUGGUCCCACCAGAUGUACUACAUGUUUGGGUUCCUUUUCUUGGUCUUCAUCAUCCUCGUCAUCACAUGCUCUGAGGCCACCAUCCUGCUCUGCUACUUCCACCUGUGUGCUGAGGACUAUCACUGGCAGUGGCGUUCCUUCCUGACCAGUGGUUUCACGGCGGUCUACUUCCUGAUUUAUGCCAUCCACUAUUUCUUCUCCAAGCUCCAGAUCACAGGAUUGGCUAGCACCAUCCUCUACUUUGGCUACACCAUGAUCAUGGCUCUCAUCUUCUUCCUGUUCACUGGAACGAUUGGAUUCUUUGCCUGUUUCUGGUUCGUCACCAAGAUCUACAGCGUCGUGAAGGUGGACUGAACCAGACAUUUCACCAACCAACUGAACUCUGAUUCUCUCUUUCUGUCUUUGUUUUUCUCUCCCCCUGUCUGUAUCCCUACCUGUCUCUCUCCUUACUGCCCCCCCCUCCAGCCACCACAUGACCUGUCACCCUCUCUAGUCUGGAGGUAUCUUUACUUUACCAACUCGCGUCUGUCCCAAAUGUCACCCUAACUACUUUCCAGUGCGCUACUCUUCACCAGGACACACUGGCCUCACUUUAAACGUAGUGUACAAUAUAAGGAACGGCUUUGAUAUGAAGCCUCCUUUGUCAGUGUCAGGAAGUGGAUGUUUUCUUUUUUUUCCCGGGGUGUGGAUGGAAUGUGUGUUCUCAAUUACUGUUGGAAGACCUGACCUGAACAGUGCAUCAAUUAAACAUAUCAUUCACUGAGAACAAAAUCCAAAAAAGGUGACUAUUUUAAUCAGUCCUGCUACUUACAGUUUUGCUAUUAAUCCACGUACCCACGUUGGGUGUGGGGUGGUUCUGCGUUAUAAUUCAAACUUAAUGGUGUUGAAGAAAAUGUUUGUAAAUAUUUUUUUUUUUUUUAUGCAGCCUACGAUUUGGGGUUGUACAAAACAUUAAUAAUUGAACGUACAAUGUGAAAUGGAUUUGCUCUCUUUUUACCCACAAGGCAACAGGCUGGGGGGCACUCCCAAAUGACUCCCUAACUUCACUACGUAGGGAAUAGGGUGCUGUUUGGGCCUUACUGCCUUCCUCUAGGUUUUGUUUUGUUUACUGGGUUUUAUUUUGUAUUAUAAAUGCUUGACUAUUAACCAGCUGGGUCUCUUUUAUUUAACUUUUAUAUUCCCAUGCUUUUUUUGUCUCGUUUCUAUUUAUGCCUCUAUGACACUAGUGCCUCAUUAGUAAUUCAUUUGAAUUUUCAAAAGCAACCUAUUAUUAUUAUUAUAAUUUUUUUUUAAAGACCUUGUAAUUUCUUAGAAGGCUCCUUACUCCCUGAUUCGUGCAAUACGCGUCUGGGACAUAAUCCAUCCAUCCAUCAGAAUCCGAUACUCAUAUCCUUUUCAUGUAAAUAUAAUCCCAUAAAUUAUACUAGUCUCAUCACCGUCAGCGCCCGGGUGACUGGGUUCCUUUUCUGAUUUGAAAUAAUGUAAUAAAGAUCGGGGGGACUAAAGUCAAAUAAAAACUAUUUUCCUGUU